ACACGGCGCUCGGAGUUUAUUCUCUUUCAAACAGACGGUGGACGUAGAAGCAAAAAUCUCGUGGAAAAAGCUGUGCAGUUCGUAUAUGCGCGUGUGUGUGUGUGUGUAUGUUUAAUUUGAAAACGGUGUGUCUAGCCAAAACAAACUUGGAAAAUGUGUAUUCAGUGACAGUUAACCUUUUGGAAUUGUCAUUUCUCAAUGACGUUGGAUACGAAACGAGUCACCACGAAUCGAAAAUGAAUGAAUCGACGGGUGACGUUAAACCGAAUCCAAACGUAGGUGACGUCAAUUGUCACCUGAUUUGCACCGUGUGUCAAGGUUACCUGGUAGACGCUACCACCAUUACCGAGUGUCUUCAUUCAUUUUGUCGGUCAUGCGUGGUUCCGCACGUGGCGGAAUUCCAUCAAUGCCCUUCUUGUUCCGUCCCGCUUAGUACGACCAAACCUUUUUCACAGCUCAGGAGAGAUUACACACUGCAGAGUAUCGUCUACAAAAUGAUACCGAGACUUGCGCGCAACGAAUUGGAGAGAAGAAGGAAAUUCCGUCUGGAACGCUCCGACGCUACCACGAUGGCCGAUGAUAACAAAACUGAGGAAUGUUAUUUACAAUCGUUUUUUGCUCCAAACGAUCCCAUCUCCAUGUCAUUAGAAUACGCUGAACCAAAUUGCGAAUUUGGUUUGAGAGCGAAUCUGGGCAAAGAUGGACCGGAAACUGGAUCUCAGCAUCGUCGUUUCUUCCGUUGUCCGGCUGAUCUUCCCAUUGGCCAUUUGGUUAAAUUUCUUCGCAAUAAAUUCAACGUUACCGAUCCCGCUACGCACAAGCUGGAAAUCUUAUACAACGGUCGUCCGCUUGCACCAGAGUACAAACUAUCGGAUGUGGCCUACAUCUUCUCAUGGAAAGAGAGAGAACCUUUGAGAUUGUGGUACCGGAUAUCGCCUACCGUAGCCAAGGAAGAAGAGCCUAUCCAGUGGAAGACUACGCCGGAAGAGAUCAAGACGAAAGGUAAUCAACGAGCAAGUCUUGUUGACAUUACUAGUAAACGUAGUUGGCAAUGUAAUGGCAAAGAUGAACGUCUUGCCAAGCGCCGGAAGCGUCCAUCCGCACAGAAAAUAGCAAAGAUUCAACGAGCGACUACGGAAUCCGUUGAUUCUCUGGUCGUUCCUCCAGCGAAAACUAUUUUUGAUGAGGCACGUACAACUGAAUUCAGUUGUUCGACGCCAAUUCCGCCAACCGGAAGCGUUACAUCCGUCGAAACUUGCGAAAUCACCGAGUCCAAUAAAAUUCACAAUUGGCUACCGAAAGCCGUUUUCGAUUUGGACGAUCGAGCGUUAUUCGCUAAAAGACUCCAAAGAAUCACCAAUCCUUCCGAAUUCCGGCCGGAAGAAAAAGAAGCUGCACCCCCUUCCAUUGAGAAAUCCGACAAAAAAGAUCCGGAACCUCCAGUAGUCGACAAGGACGCCCAAUUAAUUCCGUUGCGGAUCUGCGUGACUCCCGAACCUCCAACAGCUUCCGGCCAUCAUGGUCCCGAAGAUGAAAUUCACGAUAGUAUCGGUGCGCUAGACCUAUCGGGCAGCAAAGGCGAUUCCAGCGAUGCAUCAUCACCUUUAUCAGCUGGAAGUUGUAGAUCCAUCGCAAGUCCAGUAGGUCCGUCCACUAAGAUGGGUCCUCAUCCUUAUUUCAUGACGCCCAGUGCUGUCUAUCAUCACGUCCAGCAACAAGAUCCAGCUCAAUCGAUGGCUGUGCUAGCCGCAGCUGCCCAACAGUCUACCAAUAAACGGAAUUCCAGCCGGAGUGAAGAUGAUGUCCAUAAAGCGUGGGACCUUUUCCAUAUCCGGCCGUCCACUGCUCAUAGUAGUCAACCAGCUACCCAUCAGAGCCUAUUGAAUUUACUGAAUUCGAAACAGAAGUAAAAAUUUAAUAAACAUAGAUAUAUAUUUUGACCAAAAUUCCGGCUUGAUCGGAUGUGUGAUUUUUGCCAUUCGUCGUCUGUGUGAUUUUCGUUUUUUGUACCGACUCUUUUCUUUUCGCUUUGACAUUAUUUUUCUAUACAUAUUAUAAAUAGCUAUGGACACUUGAAAAUACAUUGAUUUCACAAGUUA